AUGGCCUCCAGCCUCACGAGUCGGCAAGCUGAGGAGCUGCACAAAUCCAUCAUCGCCUACCUUUCGGCGAACAAUCUCUCUAGUACCGCCGCAGCGAUGCGUGCGGAACUCAAUCUAGGCGAAGACACGUUACAGAAGAAGAUCAUGGACCUGGAAUCCCGGAAUUCCGUCCUUCAAACCGAGCUCGACAACGCGACCCCGACCUCCCUCCUCCGCCGCAACCAAGACCCCGCCGCGUGGCUCCCGCGAACACCCGCCCGGCACACCCUCGAAUCCCACCGCGACCCGAUCAACUGCGUCGCCUUCCACCCCAUCUUCUCCUCCGCCGCCACCGGGUCCGACGACUACACGAUCAAGAUCUGGGACUGGGAGCUGGGCGAGCUGGAGCGCACCAUCAAGGGCCACACCCGCGCCGUCAUCGACGUGGACUUUGGCGGCCCGCGCGGCAGCAUCCUCCUCGCCUCGUGCAGCUCCGACCUGACCAUCAAGCUGUGGGACCCCGCCAACGAGUACAAGAACAUACGGACGCUGCUGGGCCACGACCACAGCGUCAGCGCCGUGCGCUUCAUACCCACGGGCGGCGUCGGCGGCGUCGGCGGCUCCUCGUCGGGCAACCUGCUCGUGAGCGCGAGCCGCGACAAGACGCUAAGGAUCUGGGACGUGACGACGGGCUUCUGCCUCAAGACGAUAUCGGGCCACGCCGAGUGGGUGCGCGAUGUCGCGCCUUCCUUUGACGGACGCUACCUGCUGUCCACCGGCGACGACCAGACGGCGCGGCUGUGGGACAUCUCGGUCGCCAAUCCGGAGCACAAGGCCACCGCCAUCGGCCACGAGCACUUUAUCGAGUGCUGCGCCCUCGCGCCCCCGGCCACCUACCACGCCGCCGAGUAUAUGGCCACGGGGUCGCGUGACAAGACCAUCAAGAUCUGGGACGCGCGGGGCACCUGCCUCCUCACGCUCGCCGGCCACGACAACUGGGUGCGCGCCCUCGUCUUCCACCCGGGCGGCAAGUACCUCCUCUCCGCCUCCGACGACAAGAGCAUCCGCUGCUGGGAUCUCAGCCAGGACGGCAAGUGCGUCAAAGUGCUGAGCGACGCCUCCGAGGCCUUCAUCACGUGUCUACGGUGGGCGCCGGGCGUGGUCAAGGAGGCGCCCGCGGCGCAAGGGAACGGCGCGCCCAACGGCGAGAGCAAUGGUACGCCCAAGAAGAAGGUUGCCGCGCCCGAGAUCCAAAUCAACGCGCAGGACGCCCGGGAGCGAUCCCCCGCCGCCGCAGUCGCACCGCUCGUCGACCUUAGCUAUACACAACUCCAGGGCGUGAGCUUGGCAAACGGCGCCACGCAAUGGCUGGGCGUCAGGUACGCCGCUGCGCCGCUGGGUGUAAUGAGGUUUGGUGCGCCGGUGGACCCCCGCCAACUCAGGCGGUUGUCGACGCGUCACAGCCCCGAUGACUUUACGAUGCAGCCGAACCGGAGGUUCAACGUGUCCGAGGACUGCUUAUACCUCAACAUCUUUGCGCCAACCGCAGCGACGGCGGAGGCGCCUGUGCCGGUCAUGUACUUUAUCCAGGGCGGCGGGUUCGAGUCCAACUCGAACGCAAACUUCAACGGAACCGAGCUGGCCCUCUUUGGAGAUAUCAUGGUGGUGCAGGUCAACUAUCGCGUGGGGCCCUUUGGGUUCCUCCAGUCGCGGGAGGUAGAGGAGUUUGGUAGUUUGAAUAACGGGUUGAAGGACCUCCUUCAGGGUCUACAGUGGAUCAAGCAACACAUUUCCAAGUUUGGCGGAGAUCCCGGGCAAGUUGUCAUCGCAGGCGAUUCCGCGGGCGCCACAUCGAUAGCCCUUCUCCUUGCCGCAUUCGACGGCGACGACAAGCGUGACCCUGGCCUCUUCAAGGGUGCCAUCAUGGAAUCGGUCUCGCUCGCCACCGUCCGCGACAUGUCACAGGGUCAAGAGCAAUACGACUGCCUCGUGAAGGCGGCCGGGUGCGACAGCGCAACGACCGACACUUUCUCCUGCCUCAUCGCGGCUAAUGCCUCGGCGCUCCAGACCAAGGACUGCCAAUUCAACCCCCAUCUGGACGACAACCUCGUCAGGGCGCCGAUGCUGACGCGCUUCGAGGAAGGCAAAUACCUCAGGAUCCCGACGCUGGCCGGGUCAUGCACGGACGAGGGAACCAAGGGAGUGCCCAAGGACACGGACACGCUGGAGGCGGCCCUCCAGCACGUCAACAACCAAGCAUCCGGGGCGCUGAGCGAGGAAUCUCUCGCCCUGAUUCAGGAGAGGUACUUUGACGCGGACGAGCCCACGUUCGAAGAGGCGGGCAAAUUCUGGCGCCACCUCUCCAACGCGCAGGAGACUACCGGGCGCACUGCGUGA